CGAGGGCCUUGUAAAUAAACGGAGGAAAAGGAAGUGGGAAGGGUCCGGCCCAGAGUGUGGGGGGGCCAGCCGCUCCCGGGACUGGCCCCCGCCCCUGGACCCCACCCCUGGCCCCCGGGGCCCCCCCAGAUCCAGGCCCACCCGAGGGGGCGUCGCCGAGGGGCUGGGGCUCGGGGUCCCCCUGAGCCUGGGGGUCGGUCAGACUCCUCUGCCCAACCCCGUCCCGGGGCUCCCGGCUGUUUGCUCCGGCCGGGCCUGGGACCCCCUACGCCUGCCCCCUCGGGCUCCCGGUGCUGGGGGGCAGGCCAGGGGACGUGGGCCCGGGCGGCCGAGCCCCACUGCUGCUGCUCGUGAGCCCCUGCCCGCCGCCAUGCCGCCCCCCGCCGACAUCGUGAAGGUGGCCAUCGAGUGCCCGGGAGCCUUCCCCAAGCUCAUGGAGAUCGACCAGAAGAAGCCCCUGUCGGCGGUGAUAAAGGAAGUCUGUGAUGGGUGGACGCUGACCAACCACGAGUGCUUUGCCCUGCAGCACGCAGACAGCUCCAACUUCUACAUCACCGAGAAGAAUCGCAACGAAAUAAAGAAUGGGGCCAUUCUGCGGCUGGCAACCUCACCGGCUCAAAACGCCCAGCAGCUCCACGAGCGGAUCCAGUCCUCGAGCAUGGACGCCAAGCUGGAGGCCCUGAAAGACCUGGCCAGCUAUUCCCGGGACAUCACGUUUGCCCAGGAAUUCAUCAAUCUGGACGGGAUCUCCCUCCUCACCCAGAUGGUGGAGAGCGGCACAGAGGACUACAAGAAGCUCGGCUUCAUUAACCACGUGAACCCAGCCAUGGACUUCACGCAGACUCCCCCGGGGAUGCUGGCCCUCGACAACAUGCUCUACUUCGCCAAACACCACCAAGACGCGUACAUCCGGAUCGUCCUGGAGAACAGCAGCCGGGAGGACAAGCACGAGUGUCCCUUUGGCCGCAGCAGCAUCGAGCUCACCAAGAUGCUGUGCGAGAUCCUGAAAGUGGGCGAGCUGCCCAGCGAGACCUGCAAUGACUUCCACCCCAUGUUCUUCACCCACGACCGCUCCUUCGAGGAAUUCUUUUGCAUCUGCAUCCAGCUGCUGAACAAGACCUGGAAGGAGAUGAGAGCCACGUCGGAAGAUUUCAACAAGGUAAUGCAAGUGGUGAAGGAGCAGAUCAUGAGGGCGCUGACCACCAAGCCUAGCUCCCUGGACCAGUUCAAGAGCAAACUGCAGAACCUGAGCUACGCGGAAAUCCUGAAGAUCCGCCAAUCGGAGAGGAUGAACCAGGAGGAUUUCCAGUCUCGGCCCAUCUUGGAACUGAAGGAGAAGAUCCAGCCUGAGAUCUUGGAGCUGAUCAAACAACAGCGCCUGAAUCGCCUUGUCGAGGGCACCUGCUUCAGGAAGCUCAACUCCAGGAGGAGACAAGACAAAUUUUGGUAUUGUCGGCUGUCGCCCAAUCACAAAGUGCUGCACUACGGAGACCUGGAGGAGAGCCCCCAGGGCGAGGUGCCCCACGACUCCCUGCAGGACAAACUGCCCGUGGCCGACAUCAAAGCUGUGGUGACGGGGAAGGACUGCCCACACAUGAAGGAGAAAGGCGCCCUGAAGCAGAACAAGGAGGUCCUGGAGCUCGCCUUCUCUAUCCUCUACGACUCAAACUGCCAGCUGAAUUUCAUCGCCCCCGACAAGCACGAGUACUGCAUCUGGACGGACGGCCUCAACGCGCUGCUGGGCAAGGACAUGCUGAGCGACCUCACCCGCAACGACCUGGACACGCUGCUCAGCAUGGAGAUCAAGCUCCGGCUGCUGGACCUGGAGAACAUCCAGAUCCCGGACGCGCCGCCCCCCAUCCCCAAGGAGCCCAGCAACUACGACUUCGUGUACGACUGUAACUGAGGGCGCCCCCUGCCGGGCCGCCCCGCCCCGGGGCCCCGCUGGACUCAAAGACGGCCUGGACCGCCGGGAGCGCGCGUGAGAACGCGGCGGGGCCCUCCCUGCC